AUGGAACCUGUCGGCCUCACCCUUACGGUCAUCAGCCUCCCAGCAGCUCUUACCAUGACGUUCAAGUCGCUUCGGAAAACUGUAAAAUCCAUCAAAUACGCGAAACGCGAACUUCAAGAUCUUGAUGAAGAGAUCAAUCUUUUUGCCGAUAUUUACGAUACUUUUCUCGACGCGUGUGACGAGGCAUCACUGGAUAUUGAAGGUGCCUCGAGAAUCAAACGACACUUGCGAUCCUGGACAGAGAAGGUCAAGGAAGGGUUCAGAAAUCUACUUCAUCGGGUGCAGGCGGUGGGCAGGGAUCCUAGAUAUGAGCACUCCACAAUUGAAGUGAUCACUGCUCAUUACAGAUGGAUCAUGAGCAAGAGUACCUUGAGGUACUUACGUGCUUGCCUUAACGUGGCAAGACAGAGCAUGGUCGCAUUCACAAAUAUUCGCGUCCUUGGAAAACUAAAUGAGGAGCUGGCCUUUCUCCAAUCUGCCUUGACCUCCACGGCCGAGAGACAGAGCAUCGAAUUGCGACAUGGAGUCGGGCUGGAGGAGCGCAUACAAGUUGUACAAAUGAAAACAUAUGGACGUGGCUUCACUGAUUCGCGCAGUCACAACCGACGUACGCAGCGGCACAAGAUCGACCGUCGCUUAGAUGAAGUAAUCAAUCAAGUCAGAGCCUACGAGGAGAAAAAUAUAGAUCAUGAUCUUGUUCCACAAGAGAAACCGCUGCUGCAAUUUCGACGAUCAGUAGAUCGAUUCGUCGACCAAAUUGUUUCUCAAGAGAAGUCUGAUCGAAAGGCUCGCCGAAUGCAGGACAGUAGCUCAGUACUUACGUCUGAGUCGAGUGCUACUACCCCAACACAAUCUACUCAGUCUUCGUAUGAUCCAAGACAAGCACCGGAAUCCCCUCCAACAUCGCCCGAACCAUCUAUAGCAAGAGGCCCUACUGUAGAGAUACAGCCCGAGGAAAACAAACCAUCACCUACCAUUCCAGUACUCUGUUCGCUCCGCAAGUUUCAACCACUACGUUUAACGCCGAUCAAACACAAGCAGGUACCACCGUCUGGACCACCGACCGAUACACGUUUAUCUCAUCUAUCAGACCCAGAUGUCCCGCCGGCCGAUGAAGUCAGAUGGAUCAUGCAUGUCGAUCCUAAAAUCCUGGGAGAGGAUAAAGAUGAUCCUGAAGAUGGGAUAUCUGAAGAAGAGAUCCCGACAGAGAAGCAAGCUACGGGGUCGAAGCCAAGCAUAUGGAAAGCUGCUAGUGGACAGCAGGGAGAUAUGCCGAAGAGUUUACGCAUACACCGGCAGAGGAGUCGUUCACCUCAGGACUUUUGGUAG